CUAAACUUGAAUCUUCAGUAUCCCUACUUUCUUGUUAUUGAUUGUCUUUCUCACCAAGCAAACCCGAAGAUAAAACCCUACAAAAACCUUCGCAUCAUCGUUAUCACCCGCAAUAUCAUCACUAAAUUAGAAAAAAUCAUCACUAAAUUAGAAAAAAACAGAAGAAGAAUGUGGUGCUCACAGGAAAAUCUACCCUCCCCGAAAACCAUUCUAUCAGCGGCGGCAUCACUCGCCGCAUCGGCAAUUCUAUUCCGAACGAUUGCAAACGACCUCAUCCCCGAUGUCGUCCAAAAUUCCUUCUACUCGCGCCUCCAAAAGCUGUCGUCCCAGAUCACCGUCGUCGUGGAAGAGCUGGACGGCCUGACGCCUAACGAAAUGUUCGAGGCGGCCAACCUCUAUCUGGGCACCCUGCUAUCUACCUCUACGCGACGAAUCAAAGUCAACAAGCCCGAAAAGGAGAAGCAGUUGCUGGUCACUAUAGACAAGAACCAAGGGCUCGUUGAUUAUUUCAAAGGCGUCAACUUCAAGUGGGUUUUGGUCACCAGCCAAAAACCAGCCUCCAAUGGCAAACGUGAGGAUCAUUCACAGUCCGAGGUUCGACAAUUGGAGCUCAGCUUCCAUAAGAAGCACAGGGACAUGGUGCUCAGCUCUUACUUGCCCUACAUUCUGAACAAGUCCAAAGAAAUCAAAGAGGAGAGAAAAGUGGUGAAGCUCCACACAGUCGACUAUAACGGCACUGACUAUUGGGGUUCCAUAAACCUUGAUCAUCCGGCGACUUUCGAUACCAUGGCGAUGGACCCGGAGAUUAAGAAGGCGUUGAUUGAGGACCUUGAUCGGUUCAGAGAGAGGAAGGAGUAUUAUAGGAGAGUAGGCAAGGCUUGGAAACGCGGGUACUUGCUGUUUGGACCGCCCGGCACUGGUAAAUCAAGCUUGGUUGCAGCCAUGGCUAAUUAUCUGAAAUUUGAUAUUUUUGACUUGGAUUUGAAGGAAGUUCAAUGCAAUUCUGAUUUGAGAAGGUUGUUGAUUGGCACCAAGAGCCGAUCCAUAUUGGUCAUCGAGGAUAUAGAUUGUUCAGUUGAGUUGCAAAACAGGGAUGCUGAGAAUGAACCCAAAACUGUUGAAGACGACAAGAUUACCCUCUCUGGUCUAUUGAACUUCAUUGACGGAUUGUGGUCAACCUGUGGAGAGGAGAGAAUCAUUGUGUUCACCACAAAUCACAAGGACCGACUUGAUCCAGCGUUGCUGCGACCUGGUCGGAUGGACCUGCACAUCCACCUGUCCUACUGCACCUUCAGUGGUUUCAAGACAUUGGCAUACAAUUACUUGCGGAUUCAAGAGCACCCACUUUUUGGAGAUAUUGAGAAGUUGCUAGAUUAUUACAAGGCACAAGCAACACCUGCUGAAGUUGCUGGAGAGCUGCUGAAGAGUGAUGAUGCUCAAGUUUCCCUUCAAGGUCUUAUCACAUUCCUCCAAAGCAAGAACAAGAUGGAAACUGCAUGGCAGGAUAUUACGGUAGGCAAAUGAAUAUGGACAAA